AUGUCAAGGAAAAAACUCACAGAUUUUGAAGGAGUAGAAAUAACGAAAAGUUUAAAAAAAAACAUUGUUUUGGAACGAUUAGAAUUAGAAGGAAACGAAUUAGGACCUAAAACAUGUAUAGGAUUAGCUGAGUUAUUAAAAAAUAAUUAAAGUUUAAGAGUUUUAGAUUUAGAAGGAAAUAAUCUUACAAAUUAAGGAAAAGAUGUUGCCGGUUUCGAAGCUUUAUGUGAAAGUAUUAAAGAAAAUGAAAACCUUCUUUGUAUAAAUUUUACUAAUUGCUGCUUGAAUGAAAAAUGUGGAGAAUUUUUGCUUAGUUUAAUUUAUGGAAAUGAGAAUUUAAUUAGCUUAGAAAUAGAUUAAAAUGUCAAAAUAAAUAUUGAAUAAGUCAGAAAAAUACAAGAUAAAAUUUAAGCUAAUAAAAAAAUUUACGAUGAAGAAAGAUUAAGGGAAUUUUGUGAAAGAAAAUUGAGAAGUCAUGAAGAAGAAAUGUAAAAUAUUUAACACAUUGAGCAUGAAAGCAGAAAAAUGAUCAAUGAAAAUAUUAAUGUUAGGAUCGAAGCUUUAAGAUAAGAAAAGGAAGAAAAAUGGCAAAAAGAAAUGUAGGAAGACUAAGUCUCCAAAAGAUAUUCCUUUUGA